AUGAGAGAAGGUCGUCGAUCCAAGGGCUUCGGUUUUGUGUGCUUCAGCUCUCCCGAGGAGGCAACCAAAGCUCUGACCAAGAUGAAUGGGCGUAUCAUUGUGUCAAAACCUCUGUAUGUGGCACUGGCCCAGCGUAAGGAACACCGACGUGCUCACCUUGCCACACAGAGGAUGAAGAGAAGGACCACCUUGAGUCAACAGCAAACGGCACAGUUUAACCAGAUGUUCCAGCCAACUGGAGAAGGUUACUUUGUGCCCAUCAUGCCCCAAGCCCAGCGUAGAUUGCAGAACCAAGUCCUACCAACAGAGCCGACUGCAGGUUUCCAAGGUAAGAUGACGACCUCCCAGAAGCUAACAGAGCACUUCCUGACAUGCACGAUAUGUACAGAGGUGUUUGACAAGCCCUGUACACUUGUAUGUAAUCACACCUUCUGUCGGAAAUGUAUGGUCAGCUUCACCAAAGCCAGACCAGAAGCCAUCAGUGCCAAGUCUCUCCUGUGUCCAUUCUGCAGCAAGAUGACGAAAGUGUCUGCCCCUGAGAGACCAGUGGAGGAUUGGGCGGAUGACGUCAAGCCCAUCUUUGUCAUCCAGGGACUCUUGGACUCGUUUGGUCCCGGAUCUAAAGAUACGACCUACUGCAGUUAUUGCAAGGAGGAAGGGGAGACAACUCCAGCUACAUCUUGGUGUCCUGUCUGCGACGACGCACUCUGUGAACCAUGUAUGCGGGUGCACAAACGAAUCCCACUUUUCCGUCACCAUGACGUAGUUGACCUGUUUCGAGAUACAAAGGUCAAAAUUAAGAGAAAGGUCAUGUGUAAAGUUCACAAGGAUGAAAAUGUCAAAUAUAUUUGCAAAGAUUGUAAAACAGCUGUUUGUCAAAAAUGCUGCACAAUCCAUCACAGGAAAUGUGACUUGGUUGUAGAAAUUGAGUCAGAGAUUCCUGCAAUGAAAGCCGAGUUAAAAAGGAAUAAAGAGGAUUUGUUGAAGAAACACGACAAGAUAAAAACACAUAUUGAUAAACAAAACGUCAAAGUCAAUGAAGCAUUAACGCUGUACUUACAAAAAGGAUCGAAUAUCAAGUGUGCAAGUCUCAAAGCAAUGGAGGCUAUCAAAGUCAAGGAACAGAAACUUUUGGCUGAACUGAAAGAAAUCUCUGACAGACACAUUGGAGAACUGAAGGCAGACAUAAAGUCAGGUGAGUUCUUAGUACAGAUGUACCAACAACAGGCUGAGCUGAUAGACCAGACUCUACAAUCUGAGUGUGACAUGGGUGUGUAUGAGAUGUAUCAGGGAUGGGAGGCUGGUGAUGUGGAGGCUGUCGGAGUCACAGACGUGAAGGAGAAGAAAAGAAUAGCCAGGAUCAUGUUCAGACAGGACACGGACAAGCUGAGUAGAACACUGGACGAUCUACAGCUGGGUGAGAUAGACGUCCUGUAUGAGGGUGUGCUGGACCUGAAGGCGACUCCUGUGUUACAGGACACCAUUGAUGUGCUUGACCUGAAGGUUACUCCUGUGUUACAGGACACCAUUAACGUGCUGGACCUGAAGGCUACUCCUGUGUUACAGGGCACCAUUAACGUGCUGGACCUGAAUGCUACUCCUGUGUUACAGGACACCAUUAACGUCAGAGUAGCAGGAAAUGCAGAAAUAUCGAAUCCCAGUGAUAUGACGGUGUUAGAGGUUAAUGGUACAGACACAGUGAUAGUUGUAGACAAGAGGAAUAACAGUCUGAAGUCCUUCUACACCAGGAACAAGAAGCAAGGUCACAGCAGGCUCAGCCUCGGUGGUGGUCCGUGGGGUAUAACAACGUUGAAGGACAACCAGGUGGCUGUCACUGUGCAAGGUACCAGACAGAUUGUAACAGUACAAGUCAACCCUGACCUAGUGCUGCUGUCAACCAUCACAACAAGCAAACAGUACAUGGGUAUAACGUCUCUGACACCAUCGACUCUAGCAGCAAGUUCCGUCCUCACUCCCUGUGUUGAUAUUCUGGAUAUGGCGGGACACGUGCUGAGGUCAAUUUGUCCAGGCCACCCUAGUAGAUCCAUCUUGAAGUAUCCCCUCUACCUCUGUACCUCGAGGACAGGAAACAUCCUGGUGUCUGACACAGGAUCCAUGUGUGUCGUGUGUCUGACUCCCGAGGGAGAUGUUGUGUUCACCUACAGCCCUACAGGAGACACAGCACUGAAGAGACCAUAUGGUAUCACAACUACCAGCACAGGCGACAUCCUGGUGACAGACAACGAUCUACACAGAGUCCUCCAUCUGACUGAGUCAGGACAGUUUGUAAGAGACAUCCUGACAGGUGUCAAGUAUCCACGUAGAGUGUCUGUUGGUGGGCGUGGGCGUAUGUACGUGUGUUCAUGGGAUGUAGUGAAGGUAUUUACAUUGAAGUGAAUGAACAUGUCGCAAUCCUUCUUUCAAUCAACUGUAGUCACGUGUGUGUUGAAGAUUUAUGUUUUGAUAUGUGUCAUUGUGUAUUUACCUUUAAGCACAUGUCACUAUGUUUUGCCAGAUCACAUUAUAUAUUAGUGUUGAAUCACUCAUCUGAGCUUUGCUAUUUGAAUGUGAUGAAUGAAGAUUUAAUCGGACAUGGUCUGUAAGUGUACACAUUUUAUAUGUAAUCUAAAUAGCAAGACACGGCUGUUCACGUACUGCUUUAAUUGUUCAGAUCUCAUCUGAACAUGUUUCCUAUUUCCUAUAUUACCAACUUCGAAUGUAUGUAGCUUUGAUAAAACAUCCUUACAUCGAAUACCAGAUCCUCCGCAUGAUGUGUUUUUCAUUUGUGCAACCACUAUGACAGUGUAAUGGAGCUAUUCCUUCUGUGUUAUAACUAGCAGUGUUGUGAGCUAUGGUGGUGUGGGAUGGAUAUUUACAUGACAGUAAUCCUUGCAAUAAGCAGCAAUGUUAUGUUACAGAUUCAUAUAUGAGGUGCCGUUUUACUAUUUAUUCCUGAUUCAUAUCAACAAUUCAUUUAAUGAUACUCCAAGAUGAAUUACUGUAAUCAUAAUGCUAGUGUAUUAUGGAUCUUUUCGUGAUAUUUGAUGUAUCUGUGGAAUAUUUACGUGACAGUAAUUCUUGCUUGCUAUGCUGAGGAUACUAAGCAGCACUGUUUUGUUACAGCUUUAUUCAUAAGGCGCCGUUUUGUUAUAUAUUCCUGAUUUUAUAUCAAUAAUCCAUUUAAUGAUAUCCCAAGAUGAAUUACUGUAAUCAUUAUGUCAGUGUAUGGAUCUAUUCGUGAUAUUUGAUAUAUCUGUGGAAUAUCCGCCAGACUUCCUUGAUAUGCGGAAAAAAGACAAAAAACAACAACACUGUCUUGUUACAGACUUACAGACAUUCUUCAGACCACAUUGAUCCUGGCGACAGUUGUGUCACUGUGACCUGCAAAGGAGGCCCGCGAGAGUCUGAAUUCUGAAUUCUAAGUUCGACAGGCUGAUCAUGUGACAUGCGGUACGAAAACCGCCAAACCAGUCACAGCCCGUAUUAAGCAGCCGUUGUGACCAACCGAUCGCCAAGUUUAAUCACCUUGUAUAACCUGUGUUGAAAUCAAGGUACGAAUUUAAGUACAGUGUCAGCCUCGGUGUUCAACAGAAUCACCUGAAACUAUCAUUGUACAUAUUAAAUGUACUAAUUGUUCUGGUAACUUUACUGAACUGUUUCGCGUUAUGAAACACAGGACCGCUUGGGAACCCACACUAAUGCAUUGACAAAACUACUAAUGCUUUAACAACCCACACUGAUGCAUAAGCAACCCAGACUUAAGCAUUAGCAACCCCGAUAUACAUCAACAACCACACUAAUGCAUAAACAAAAAACAACUAAUGCAUUAGCAACCCACAUUAAUACAACAGCAACCCAUAUUGAUGCAUUAGCAGCCUGACCUGACAUGACGGGGAAUCCCCUUGUAGUGACGUCACAUUCAAGAAGAACACGUGUUUUCGUGACAUCACUGAUUUUCAGUGGUCCAUUCAAAUGUAAAUUCUUUGCUAUUUUGCCCUCUUAGCUCAACGGAUUCUG